GGGCGAUGGAGAACGGGCGGGGAUGCGGAUCCUGGAAGCCACAAAGUAGGGGUAAUCCUGCCGAUCACAUCGUGGUUGCAAUGGCCGUUCCCGCCUUUUCGAUUUACACCUACGGGCCCUACGGACCAACGUCGUGCCUUUUCGUUGUUGGUUCGAUAUUUCGCUUCAACGCGCCCGUUUGAGCGAGAUUUGGAAAGGACGAAGAACGAAGAGUCGCGGCGCGCUAGGUGAGGGUCUGGGGUUCACACAUGCUGCGGCUUACAGCUUACAGCAUGGAUGCCGUGUUUGUUUCUUUUCGCUAUUGUACCUAGCGAGUGUUUUCCGAAUGUGAUGGUCCAGUCUUGCAGAUGGCCUGCAUACCUGCCCGGCCUGAGACGGAGGUUGGAUGCAUAUAAGGCUGGGCAAGUUCGCCGUUGAGGAGAGGAAGGAAGAGAACAUCAUCAACAUCACCAGCAUCAUCACUACCAUCCUACUCCUUGGCGACAUCAAGCUUUCACUUGGCUUUUAGUCCAUCCUACUCGAACAGCCAAGCCCAAUCCUAUUCAUUGAUAACACUCAUCAUCAUCCUUUGCAUUAACAUCGUCGCACUUGGCACGCUAUCAGAGCAUACUUCAAUCACAAACUCACCUACCCAUACCUUAAGCCACAACAUCUAUACUUCAUAAAACAAAUCAUGUCCGGCAUCAAGACCAUUGCCUUCUUCGGCGCCUCAGGCGGCUGCGGCAUGGCAGCGCUGAAGCACAGUCUCGAGGCCGGCUAUGUCUGCAUCGCCCUCUGCCGCAACCCAACAAAGAUGACCGACGUCCUUCCCGAAGCCCAGAACCCGAACCUGGUCGUGAAGAAAGGCAACGCACACAGCGUCGACGACGUGGCCGCCUGCCUCGUCAACCCAACCGACCCGACCCGCCUCGUCGACAUCGUGAGCUUCAGCAUCGGAAGCCCGCUCAAUCUGGCCAAGAUGACGGUCGAGGACCCGGAUGUGUGCAAGAACGGCGCCGCGGCGCUCCUCGGCGCGCUUGAGAAGCUACGCGCCCAGGGUGUCAACGGCAAGCCGAGGCUGGCGAUUAUUUCGACAACGGGUAUCUCGGACCACGCGCGUGACGUGCCGCUGAUGCAGGUGCCCAUGUACCACGUCCUCCUCAAGCAGCCGCACGCCGACAAGAGGGUCAUGGAGCAGAGGAUCGUGGCGAGCGACGAGAUUUUUACCUUCAUCCGCCCCGCGUUCUUGUCUGAUGGUGCGCAACCUGAGAAGCGAAUCCGCACGGGUAUUGAGGAUCCCAAGACGGGCGUCCAGACCAAGGCUAUCGGGUACGGUAUCUCGAGGGAGGACGUUGGACGGUGGAUCUUUGAGGAGAUUUUCAAGUCGGGUGGCCCGAACUACCUGAGGAAGGCUGUCACUAUUACCUGGUAAGGUGAAGUUGUAGGAACGAAUGAUUAGAAAGGGUGUGAAGUGUGCAAAUCGGUACAGCGGGGGAUCCGGGCGUUGGUCUUUUUGCUUUGAAUACCUGAUGGACCUUGGAGUCAAGAUACCCAUGACUGCUCGGCUUUCUGUAAUACCUCGAUAGAAUAUUAACUGAG